AUUGGAUUAAACCAUUUCGGUAGGCCGUACAUGGUGGUUUCAUAUUUCUCCUCGUGGAAGAAAAAGAUAUACAUACACCCCGCUGCAUUCAUAACACAGCGUUUGAUACGAGACCAGCCUUUAUUAUUAUUGUGGAAGUCGGAUCACUUCAGCAGAGGACUUGGUUCAGCGGGCUCAGUCGUCGUGGGGUACGCAGUUGUUAUUGCGCGGCUCAGUUGAGCGGAAGUAGUGCAGCGUCGAGGACACAGGUCCCCGUGGUCCCGACGAACAAAGGAGCAGGAAGGCCGCCGCACGCUCGUUAGCGCAACCAGUGCGGUAUUAUUCAUGAAACACCUUCAACCCAACCUCAAGCCUUGUUUUUGUUAUCGUAUUUCAUCGGGGACGCGUCUUUAACUAAACACAGCUGACCAAUUAGCGCAGUCUUGUUAGCAUCCCCGGCUAACGUUAGCCGUCAUUGUGGACACCUAGCCGCUCGCCGUAGCUGUUUUGAUUUAAGCGAAGCGUGUUCUGGUUUUUUUGGGGGGUAAAAAAAAAAUAACAUAAAAAAUGGCUGAAGUGUAUAUUCGAGUGGCGGAGGAGGAGAAUGAAGAACCAAUGGAGAUCCCGUCCGAGGACGACGGCACUGUUUUGCUCUCCACCGUGGCCGCUCAGUUUCCAGGGGCGUGCGGCCUUCGCUUCAGGAGCCCCGUGUCUCAGUGCAUGCGAGGCGUGCGUCUCGUGGAAGGGAUCCUGCACGCGCCGGAGAACGGGUGGGGGAACGUGGUGUACGUGGUGAACUAUCCAAAAGACAACAAAAGGAAAAUGGAAGAAAUUGACGCCUCCUCUGCUGUGAAAAUGAAGAGGGGGGACAUGAAGACAUCUGAUCUGAUUGUACUGGGUCUUCCUUGGAAAACAAGCGAGCAGGACCUGAAAGACUACUUUAGCACAUUUGGAGAAGUCAUCAUGGUCCAGGUUAAACGAGAUGCCAAGACUGGAAACUCCAAAGGAUUUGGCUUUGUGAGAUUCACAGAGUAUGAGGCACAAGAAAAGGUGAUCUCCCAGCGCCACAUGAUUGACGGCAGAUGGUGUGACUGCAAGCUCCCUAACUCGAAGCAAGGUCCAGAUGAGCCUUUGAGGAGCCGGAAAGUGUUUGUAGGCCGUUGCACAGAAGACAUGACCACUGACGACCUACGGCAGUUCUUUAUGCAGUAUGGGGAAGUCACAGAUGUGUUCAUCCCAAAGCCAUUCCGUGCUUUUGCCUUUGUCACAUUUGCAGAUGAUCAGGUAUGCUGUUAAAUGUUGCCCAGUCUCUGUGGAGAGGACCUAAUAAUCAAGGGGAUCAGUGUUCACAUCUCAAAUGCUGAGCCCAAACAUGGCAAUAGGCAGUUUGAUCGUACAACACGGUUUGGCAACGGUUUUGGCGCUCAAGCAUUUGGUAGCAGCCGUAGUGGGCUAGGGAGCAGCACUAACAGUAGUCUGGCUAAUUUUGGUUCAUUCAGUCUGAACCCUGCUAUGAUGGCUGCUGCUCAGGCUGCCCUGCAGAGUAGUUGGGGGAUGAUGGGUAUGCUGGCUAGCCAGCAGCAGACAUCCACCUCAGGCAGCACCUCCAGUGGAACAAGCUCUAGUAGGGACCAGAGUCAGUCUUUCGGUACAGGCAACAGCAACUAUGGCACAAGCUCAGCCAGUCUUGGCUGGGGAACAGGGUCAAACUCUGCAACCAGCGGUAGUGGGUUUAGCUCAGGUUUUGGGUCCAGUAUGGAGUCAAAGUCAUCUGGGUGGGGUAUGUAA